CUAAAUGAAACCACUCUGGAAUGCAAAAACUUACUCACACACACAUACACACGCACUCUCACACAGCCUUACUCUGAAAUUCACAUUAGUUCAUUCAGUCAUUGCUACUUCCUGUAUAUUUUGCGAGUUCCUCUUCUUGUUUUAUCCUCUGUAUGAACCGAGUGGAUUGGCUGUGAGAUCCAGCGUUACGUUUCCUUGAGAAGUGCUCCGCACGACGAGGGGAAGCCCUCUGGAGAAGGGAGAAAAAAAAAUCACCUCACAAGGACUUCUCCAGGGAGGGAUUUAACACCAGCCAGGGGGAAGCAGGAGGAGGCGAUGGGGGGUUGGUGAGAGGGGCUGGAGGGCAGUUGGCGUGGGAGAGAAGGUGUGGGGAAGGGUGGGGAGGGGUGGGGUGUAGCAACACUGGUUUGGAGCUCAACUACUGGUCUGAAAAAGACGGGACUGUGAGAGUGAAGUUCGAGAGGCUGUUAUUGAUGGAUUGCACAGUGGAAAUCAUUUCCAGGAUUCUCAAAGACUGCUGAGGAACGCACACACACACAAUCUCGCGGCGAUCUCUCCGAGGGAGCAUGGAAGCGUUAAGAGAGUCUUUUCUCCAUUUAACCUUUCAGAUGUCUACGUAUAAGAGAGCUACGUUGGACGAGGAGGAGUUAGUGGACUCCACCACCGAUGAGAUCUACCCCUCCGCGCCCAUGCAGGUAAGCUUGAGGCAUGGCCGUGGCCCUAGCUGUUGGGUGGAGAAGCGCAGGACAGAGAAGAUGUUGCUGGUGCUGGUGUGUGCCCUCUCCGUGGCUCUGUUCUCCUCCCUCAUCACCACGGGGGUUUUCUACAAACAGACCCACCCUGGCCUGUGUCUAACGGAGCCAUGCGUGAUGGUGGCGAGCACCGUCAUGGGGGCGCUGGACCGCUCCGUGGACCCCUGUCAGGACUUCUAUAACUUUGCGUGCGGGGGCUGGGUGAAGAACAACCCGCUGCCUGAGGGGAAGUCUCGCUGGGGGCCCUUCAGCAACUUGUGGGAGCACAACAUGGCUGUCAUGAAGCAUCUACUGGAGAACACCACCGUGAAGGGUCUGAGCACAGCGGAGGAGAAGGCCCAGCGCUACUACCAGGCCUGUAUGAGCGAGGCCAGGAUCGAGGCGCUGGGUGGCCAGCCUCUACAGGACCUCAUCAAUCAGACAGGUGGCUGGGCCCUGACCAGUCAAUGGCACAAGGAUAACUUCCAGGAGGUUCUCCGGAAGGUGUCCGCAAACUACCGCACCUCGCCCUUCUUUACAGUCUUCGUCAGUACCGACUCCAAGAGCUCCAACAGCAACAUCAUUCAGGUGGAUCAGUCUGGGCUGGGGCUACCUUCCAGGGACUACUACCUCAACAAGACGGCUAAUCAAAAGUAUCUGAGUGCCUACCUGGACUUCCUGGUAGAGCUGGGGGUCCUUCUGGGGGGCUCUGAGGAGACGUCGCGGUCGUUGAUGCAGGAGAUCAUGGACUUUGAGACCAGCCUGGCUAACAUCACUGUUCCUCAGGAGGAGAGGAGGGAUGAAGAGCUCAUCUACCACAAGAUGCAGGCCAAGGAGCUGGCGACUCUGGCACCCGCGGUGGAUUGGAUGCCCUACCUGACAGACGUGUUUUCCCCUGUCGUCCUCAACGACUCGGAGCCCGUGGUGGUGUAUGCCAGGGAGUAUCUCCAGAAGGUGUCCGACCUCAUCCUCAUCACCAACAAGAGCCUCCUCAACAACUACAUGAUGAUGAAGGUGGUGAGGAAGAUGGUGUCCAUCUUGGACCAGCGCUUCCAGGAUGCCGAGCAGCGCUUCUUUGAGGUCAUGUACGGCACCAAGAAGAGCUGCACCCCUCGCUGGAAGCUGUGUGUCAGUGAUACCGACAGUGCUCUGGGCUUCGCUCUGGGGGCCUUGUUUGUCAAAUCCACCUUCGCAGAGGACAGCAAGGCCAUUGCAGAAAACAUGGUCUCAGAAAUCAAGUGGGCGUUUGAGGACAGUCUGAAGUACGUCAGCUGGAUGGACCCGGAGACUAAAAAAGCAGCCAAAGAGAAGGCUGAUGCCAUUUACAACAUGGUCGGAUACCCAAAGUUCAUAAUGGACCCCAAGGAGCUGGACAAAGUGUUCAAUGAUUUCGAGGUGGUGUCGGAUCUUUAUUUCCAGAAUGUCAUGCAGUACUACAACUUCUCAGCCAGAGUGACAGCUGACCAGCUAAGGAAAACUCCCAACAGAGACCAGUGGAGCAUGACCCCGCCCACGGUGAACGCUUACUACAACCCCACCAAGAAUGAGAUGGUCCUGCCUGCAGGGAUCCUCCAGGCUCCCUUCUACAGCCGUGCAUGGCCCAAAGCCCUGAACUUCGGGGGGAUUGGCGUUGUCAUGGGUCACGAGCUGACCCACGCCUUUGACGACCAAGGGAGGGAGUACGACAAGGACGGGAACCUGCGCUCCUGGUGGAAGAACUCGUCUGUGGAGGCCUUCAAGCAGCAGACCCAGUGCAUGGUGGAGCAGUACAGCAACUACAGCAUCAACAAGGAGCCGCUCAACGGCAAACACACCCUGGGGGAAAACAUCGCCGACAACGGAGGGCUGAAGGCUGCCUACAAGGCUUACGUGAACUGGAUUGAGAAGAAUGGCGAGGAGCCCACGCUGCCAGCUCUGGGGAUGACCAACCAUCAGCUUUUCUUCAUCGGGUUCGCUCAGGUGUGGUGCUCCGUCCGCACUCCGGAGAGUUCCCACGAAGGGGUCAUCACAGAUCCACACAGUCCGUCCAGGUUCCGGGUCAUCGGAACCGUCUCCAAUUCGCACGAGUUCUCCAAGCAUUUCGGCUGCAAAGCCAACACCCCCAUGAACCCCCAACACAAGUGUGAGCUCUGGUGAUAGCCUGCUCUUAGCUGGACUGACUGGUCUGGUGGGUGGCAGAUUGGGACCUUCAGUAUAUGGACCUUUUAUGCACGGGCAUAUGAAAGUGAGCCUGGAAGUUAGACCUGGCGUAGUAUCCCAAGAAGGAGAGCUCUGGUCUCCAAACCACUGAAACACAAACUGCUCCCUCUCAGGUUCCAAACCACAACACCCUGUGCUUUGUGUGGACUGAAGUUGGACUUUAAGACCCCCACACACACACUCACCCUGACUCCUGUCACUGUGACAAAGAGUUUUAGAAACCAGCCUUUGUUACUUAGGAGUGGAGGACAUGUUUCUAUAGGAUCAAAUGAGGAAGGGGUGAUUUUGACACUGGAAACCAAAAGAAUGGUUGUAAAAGAAAAAAAGGGAAAGAUAUUUUGUAUUUUUCUUCAGUAAUAUUUUGCAACAAAAGAUUUAGUUUAAUAUGCUUAUAUUUUCUUACGGAAAGUGAUAUUUAUUUUCUGUAUUUUUUGGGGUAUCGUACAUUUUUGUGAAUAAUAUGAUAUAUUCCAUCAUCAUCCGUUUUUAUGACAAAUGAUCAUUAAGCUAUACAUACUAUUGCAGCCCUGUCUGUCUGAAACCAUGUUCCCGGCAUAUAAUCUGCAACUUGUUUUUAGUCCACCAAUAAUAAUAUCCUGUAAACUGUGGUAAAUAAACGUUCAAUCUUUUGGGUGAGAAAAGGAACACCUAAAAUCCUUCAAAGCCAAAUAAUUCUUCUGGCACUCUUCAAUAAUUAUUCAGCUAUUAAGGCUAAUGUCCAAGCACACAACAUAUAAUGUCAGAAAUGUAAGAUCCUAGACAAAAAAAAAGUAGACUAUUAGUCCGUUUACACAUAUUCUCCUAAGUACAGUUAACCUACUGUACACCAACCACUGUGUUUAUAUAUUCAUACAAACAUGAAAAUAUAUGCAUUCAUUGGCAGCAUGGUGUCAAGUCUAUCAAGACUAUUGAAUGAUAUAUAUUUUUAAGCAAUUCCAAAGUGUUGUUUUAACACUUUCAUUGUUCGGUCAUGCACAUGCAUAAUGUUAGCACUGAUUUAUUGUGCCAUACAUCUUUUUAGUCAAAUAAAAGUGUGUAAUCUGAA